AAUGCCUGACAUUUGCCCCUCCACUAGCGAGUAUGCGAGAGGAUGACUAUAAAAGUCCUGUCGAAAUCCGUAGUAAAAUACAAAGCAUUAUUCAGCCGAACUGUCAACAUGAACUCCGCUCUGUUUUUUGUGAUGCUCUUCGGAGCGGCCUGCGCCGCUGGUCUCGACAAGGACGCGUCCAUCGACAGUCAAGUUCUGGAGACCGAUUUUGGGGGUGCUUUCAAAAACAGCUGGUCCGGCAACAACAUCCUCGUCGAUGAAUCUGGCUCCGUCAAGCCAGGCCCCGAAAACACUGUCGUCCAAACUAUUGAGGGACAGGUUUCGUACACGGCUCCCGACGGCACCCCCAUACAAACCCGAUACAUCGCCGACGAGAACGGCUUCAGAGCCGAAGGUGCCCAUUUGCCAGUCGCCCCGGAACUUCCCCCCUACAUCGCCAGGGCUCUCGCAUGGGCCAAGGAUCAUCCCUACAACGAGGAGGCCGAGCUCAGAAAGACUUACAACUGAGUUGUGUGUUGGUUAAAACCUAAUUCAUCGAUUCGUAUUUUUUAAUAAAGAGGAUACGGUUUUCAAUU